GUUAGUUAGCUCACCAACCACUCUCCAGCAUUAUAUCGCAACUGCCGCCCGAAGAUAUCGCCUUCUUCUCUUUUCGCGAACAAGCUCUCUAUCUCCAUCAAAAAAGGUGAAAUGAAGCCCAUUUUUUGUGGUAAUUUUGAAUAUGAUGCACGUCAAUCUGAUCUGGAGAGACUUUUCAAGAAAUAUGGGAAAGUUGAUCGUGUUGAUAUGAAGUCGGGUAAUUUUUGCUAGCUUUCUUAUUUUCUUUAUUGUUAUCCUUCUGUUGGUUGUAAUUCUUUCCUUUCCCUUUUGCUCUGGCAAAAUGCUUUAUUCACUUUUACUCUGUGCUAUCUUCUUUGUUUAAUAACUAUUGGCCUCGUAACCACAAUUGCAAGAUGAAAGAACUUUUAUACUCUCAAGAUAAAGAAACUAUACUCCAGCUGUGCUUGUGAACCCCAUACCCCACUAAUCUACCAUUUGCUACCUUGAGAUAAGCUUGAACUGGAUAUUUUGAUGUUAAUGGCUGAGUAACCUGAGUUACAAUGUAUAUGUAAGCAUGAGGUUCUUUAUGCCCAUGGAAGCGGUCUCGAAUCCUGUUGGAGGUCUUGUUACAAAGGUAAGGGAUAUCUUUUGUAAACAUAGAAAAAUAUAUGUCAUUUGGGAUGAGUAGAUUGUGAAUGUAGGAGCACUUUAUUAACAUUGCUGGUACUGAGCUAUACUAGUACAAAUGAGUUUUUAAACACCUAAAUCUAAGUUUCCUAAUUAAAUGACUAAAGUUUAUUCCCUAGAGAAUAUAUAUCUACUAAGCUAUUAGUAAAGAUGAGUCUUUUAAAUACCUAAAUCUUAGUUUCCUAAUUCAAUGACUAAAUUUUAUUUCCUAGAGAAUGUAUACGUGGGUAAUAAAUUAGAUAAAUGCUAAAUCAACAUGGCUUAACACGAAAAACCAGAGCUACCACUCGUGAGCAGCAAGGCCAUUCAACGUUCAGUUCACAAGGUAUCUUCAUGAUGUUUCCAGCCAUGUAUAUGGUCGCUAGCUAAUUCAGAUCAUUCGGCAAUGUGGCAGCAUUAGCAGGCCUUCCCCGUUGAGUUACAGUGGGGUUUGAGAUUUGUUUAAGCGAAGUAUGUUAUUUUAAGUGUAAAACCCCCAUACUCAACUAGUUCUUUGGCACAGGAUUACAUUCAAAAUUUCUGACAAUUCUUGGCUGAUGUUAACACCGUGCUACAUUUCAUUGCCAUGAAGUGCCUCUGCUUCUUGUAUUCAAGAAGAGCCACAUCAGUUCAUUAUGGCAUGACCAUCACAUUAUAUUCUCAGACACUUGCCAUCCUUUCUUUCCAUGUCUUUUGCCCAACCUUCAGUACAGACAUACAACCUCCAAGCAGAUGCAACAGAAAUCAUGGAGAGCUCCACAAUAUUUUCAUUGUUCUACCAUGAGACUUCUUCAUUUGGAUCCUUGUCCCUUGAACAUCACUUAGUCCAUCUCUCAAGGAUUUGCCUUCGUUUACAUGGAGGACGAGGGAGAUGCAGAGUAUGCAAUUAGAAAACUUGACAAUCUGGAAUUUGGUAGAAAAGGUCGUCGGCUUCGUGUAGAGUGGACAAAGCAAGAGCGUAGUAUGCGAAAGCCUGAGAACUCUAGGAGAUCUGCAGCUAACUCGAGGCCCUCGAAGACUUUGUUUGUGAUAAACUUUGAUCCAUAUCAUACAAGGACGCGGGACUUGGAGAGGCAUUUUGAGCCAUAUGGAAAGAUAUUGAACAUAAGGAUCAGAAAGAAUUUCGCAUUCAUCCAGUUUGAAGUACAGGAAGAUGCUAUCAAAGCUUUAGAAGCAACAAACAUGAGCAAGCUAAUGGAUCGAGUUAUUUCUGUGGAAUAUGCAAUAAAAGAUGAUGACGAUAGGGUUCGUGAUAGGUCUCCUCGGAGGAGAAAUGAUGAUAGGGGACGGUCUCCUAGCCCUUAUAGGAGAGAGAGGGGGAGUCCUGAUUAUAGCCAUGGUCCUGGUCGUGGUCAUAGCCCUAGUCCCUAUCGCAGAGAGCGUGCAAGUCCUGAUUAUGGUCGUGGCGGUAGCGGUACUCCUAAUGGAAAGGCGAGAAAGUCUUCUGGUCGUGGAGGUAGUGCGAGUCCUAAUGGAAGGGACAGGAAGUCUGGAUAUGGCCGUGGCGGUAGCAGGAGUCCUAAUGGAAGGGAUAGGAGAUCUGAUUUUGGUCGAGGCAGUGGGAGUCCUGUUGGAGGAGACAGGAAACCUGAAUAUGCCCGUGGUGGUAGCAGGAGUCCUAAUGGAAGGGAAAGGAGAGCUGAUUUUGGUCGUGGCAGUAGAAGUCCUGUUGGAGACAGAAAACCUGACUAUGGCCGUGGUGGCAGUCCUGACAGAAGGGGAAGGAAAGCUGCCUAUGAUGUGGUUCAGAGUCCAAGUCCUCCAAAUGGGAGGGAGAGAAUUUCCAAACAUGGCCAUGGACGUAUCACUAGUCCUGAAAGAGAGGUGGUUAACCCUGAACCUGUUCGUCGGUCUAUCCCAAAAGAGAGGCUUACUCCCGAGUAUGAUCAUGGCCACAGUCCAAGUCCUCCAACAGAGAAGCUUAGUCCUGAUGGUUACAAUCGUGAAGCUAGCCCAGAUGCCAAGCCUGAAAUUGGGGACAGUCCCGGAUACAGUGGAGGAGAUAGCCCCAUGCAUGAGCGAUACAGUAGUCGGUCACCACCUGCACGGGGGAGAGCGGAGAGAUCGCAGUCUUGAUCCAGCAGAUCCAUAAAACUGUUGUUUUGGUAGGAUCAACCCAACUUAUGUUGCAACUUAAAGAACUCUCAUUAAAAUGUAGUGCAGGAAAGCUAUGAAUCUAAGAAUUGAUGGUUCCAUCAGUCAUUUAUGAAUUCUGUAGGUCUCAUCAUUUGGUAAUGCCGUACUGGACAGGUUAUAUGUAUCAUUAGUCAUUUAAGAACAAUGUAGGUCUCAUCAUAUGGAACUGGACAAGUCAUCUGUGGUGCAGAACUAGCAAUUGUUGUUUCAUUUGCUUCGUUAGUUGUCCGAUUGUUGUAGUCUUCUAAUCCAGGAUGGUGUAAACUUGUUUCAGUAACUUUUAUCAGUUCUUUUGUGUCUA